AUGCCUGCGGAUAGCACGAUGGCUGUACGGUAUGGCGUGAGCGAGGCGCAGCUGAGCGUCCACGUCUCCGAGGUCGCGCCCUCUGCCCGCGGGGCCAACGCGAGCGGGAGCACAUCGUGGCAGGCGGAUUUCGAGCUGGUCGCGGACCAGCAGACCGCGGAGCAGCACUUCGAGGCACUGGGGAAUGCGAGCGCGGACCCCGCCGGCGCGGCGGCCGCCAUGCAGGCCGCCUUCGCGCAGGAGGGCCUCGAACUGGUGGAGGAGUCGGUGGCCGUCUCGGAGCCGGAGAUCGCGAUCGUGACCGCCACGAGGACGACGGUGAGUGCCACCGCGACGUCGGCCACGGCGACUGCGACGUCGGCGACGGCGAGUGCCACCGCGACGUCGGCUACGGCGACGGCGACGUCGACCACGGCGACCGUCUCGUCGGCCACGGCGACGGCGACGGCGACCGCAACCUCGAGCACGACGCUGACGGGAACCUCCGUCAGCCCGACAGACGCUGGCGUCAGCGUCUCCAGCAGCACCACGACCUCCAGCACCGUCCUGGCCGCCCCAACGGCUCCACCAACCUCGCCGCCAACGUCGCCGCCCACGCCGUCGCCGACAGCGGACUACCCCGUCAUCCUGUCGAUGACCCACACCAGCGUUUCGACGACUACCCCUCCCGCCGAUUUCGCAGGCCCGUCGGGCACGUCCACGACAACCUCCACCGCCGAGGUCCAGCACGUCGUCUCGCACAGCAUGCGCAUGCAGGUGUCGGACCCCGAGGGCUUCGUGUCGGACUCCAGGACCCGACGGCGGAGGCCGUGCGGGGCGUGGUCAGCGGCGUGGCGGGCGUGCCCGCGAGCUCCGUGCUGGUCCGCUUGUCGACCGUGGACGACGAGGGCGGCGCCGGCCGGCGCCUGGCCCCGGCGGGCAGCCGCUGCUGAGCGACGCCUCCAGACGCUGGUGCUG